AUGCUUUUGGAUAUCAUAAUAAAUUUUGACCAACUAAUGACAGACCUCACUGCUCCCCAGAGGAAUUUUGAAAUAGCCUUCAAAAUGUUUGAUCUGAAUGGUGACGGUGAAGUGGACAUGGAAGAGUUUGAGCAGGUCCAAAGCAUCAUUCGCUCCCAAACCAGCAUGGGCAUGCGUCACAGAGAUCGUUCCACUACAGGGAAUACCCUGAAAACAGGAUUCAAUUCAGCUUUGACGACCUACUUUUUUGGAGCUGAUCUGAAAGGAAAACUGACUAUUUCACACUUCUUAGAGUUCCAGCGCAAACUGCAGCAUGAUGUCCUGAAGCUUGAGUUUGAACGGCAUGACCCUGUGAAUGGGCGGAUCACUGAGCGUCAGUUUGGUAGCAUGCUGCUGGCUUACAGUGGAGUGCAGUCCAAGAAGCUUAUUCAUAUGCUGAAGCAGCUCAAGAAACACUUUCAGGAUGGAGAGGGACUGACAUUUGAAGAAGUGGAAAAUUUCUUUACUUUUCUGAAGAAUAUAAACGAUGUGGACACCGCUUUGAGCUUUUACCACAUGGCUGGCGCUUCUCUUGAUAAAGUCACUAUGCAGCAGGUAGCCAGGACAGUGGCAAAAGUGGAGCUUUCCGACCAUGUGUGUGACGUGGUGUUUGCUCUCUUCGACUGUGAUGGAAAUGGAGAGUUGAGUAACAAGGAGUUUGUUGCCAUUAUGAAGCAGCGACUUAUGAGAGGCUUAGAGAAGCCCAAAGACAUGGGAUUUACACGACUCAUGAGGGCAAUGUGGAAAUGCGCUCAGGAGACAGCUUGGGACUUCACCAUGCCUAAACAAUAACCACAGGUAGUGGAAGAAGCUGGAUUACAGCAUGCCGACGGGGCCAUGCAUCUACCUGUGCUGCUCUGGCAAUAUGUCAUGCCAUCAAGUCAGGUGUUCUGCAGAUGAAUGUUCAUCAUGAAGAUAUCUCCUGGAUGACAACAGACUCAUUGCUACACUGAAUUAGAAAGAAACAAAGACUGUUAACUGAGGUUUCUCUAAACACCUUAAUGGAAAUUGAAGCCUACUGUAUCUUUUAUCUUGCCAGUGCUUUUGCCUCCGUGAUAUUUAUCUCUCAGGAAAAUGACAAAGUUAAUUAUCUCUGUGUAUUGCUUUGCUUCUAUGCUAUAGUCUGCAUCCAACAAACCUAGGGUAUUAUGUAGAACGUAAUAGUGCCAGAAAACAACAUUGGUCAACAAUGCAGUUAAGUGCAUCAAACAGUGAGAGAAAUGCCUAGCAUAUCUAAGAACAGAUCUUAGGUUGCUGCUCCCAAAUUACUUUUAGUUUUUAAUUUUAAGUAUUAUUCACUAAACACUGUUUAGAUUAUCCUUUGACCUUUGUGCAAAAGCCAUGGGAUUUGUCGAAGGUAGAUUUAAUCUGUAUUUAUUGCUGAAGUUGUUUGUAAGAAAGGCAGUAAUAAGGGUGAGAGUAGAACCUCAGAACUUUCUCAGACCUGAUUUUUUUUCCCAUGAGAUGAGGUUUUAUCUCACGGGUUUGUGUGAAAUGAGGAGGGUGUGCGUGCCCCAUGACAGUUGUUGCCUUUUAUAUAAGAAGUUAAGAAUAAUGGCUUUUUUUUUUCUCCUGGCUUUUUCCUCUAUCACAAGAAUCUUACAAUGCCUAAGCACCUGCACAUAUAUGCCCUUUGUAAUUCUUUUUUAAUAGGAGACUUCUUCCCCUCUGGGAUUGUUCUUUUGGACCCAGCACAUUGGCUUAAAAAUGUUAAGUGAAUGCCUGACUGCUUGUAAAAUAUGGCUUUAAUUAUACUGGUUCACAGCAAAA